AAUAUAAAUGUUUUUCACAGAACUGCUUCGCCAACGAUGCAUUUAAGUAAUAUGUUUCUGCUUGAGCUAACAGUGGUGUUGUUUCUCGUGGUUACGGCACAAGGAAUAGGACCCAACCCUACAAGCAGCAACUGCCAGCAAGCCAGUUUACAUGGUGGAUAUCAUGGCUGGGUCCCUCAGUGCCAACUUUUAUGGCGAAACCAGUUCAAACCUGAACAAUGCGUUCGCUCGUUUCUAUCUGAGAGAUGUUGGUGCGUUAACCAACUAACUGGUCGAUCAAUAUCUUCAGCUUAUCAUGCCAGAGGCAGUGGGAGUUGUGGGAGAGUUAACAGACCUGGAAUUGGACAACAACGCUGCGGUAGAAAUGAAGUUUUACGAAGAUGUGGUGGAUGCGAACAGACUUGUGAAAAUAUGUUUACUUUAAACACAACACCUUGCCCUCGAAUAGCAUGUGUCCCAACAUGCAUUUGUAGGCGGGGGUUUUACCGGCACGAUGGAAGAUGCAUUACAUUGCUUCAAUGUGUUCUUGGUGCAACAUUUCCUGGGCAAGAUGGCCCAUACCCUGGAGAAGAUAAUUCUGGAUGUCCUGGCAACCAGAUCCGUGUAGAGUGUGGUAGUGGAUGCCCAUUACCCACAUGUGAAAUACUUAACCCACCAUCUACAGUGUGCUUAUCAGUUUGUCGUACUUGUGUUUGUCCCACCAAUACAGUAUUGAAUGGAGAUUAUUGCAUACCAUAUAACCAGUGUCCUUCUACUGCUACAACACAACCAACACCAGUUUGUCCUGGCAACCAGAUCCGUGUAGAGUGUGGUAGUGGAUGCCCAUUACCCACAUGUGAAAUACCUAACCCACCAUCUACAGUGUGCCCAGAGUUUUGUCGUACUUGUAUUUGUCCCACCAAUACAGUAUUGAAUGGAGAUUAUUGCAUACCAUAUAACCAGUGUCCUUCUACUGCUACAACACCCCAACCAACACCAGUUUGUCCUGGCAACCAGAUCCGUGUAGAGUGUGGUAGUGGAUGCCCAUUACCCACAUGUGAAAUACCUAACCCACCAUCUACAGUGUGCCCAGAGUUUUGUCGUACUUGUGUUUGUCCCACCAAUACAGUAUUGAAUGGAGAUUAUUGCAUACCAUAUAACCAGUGUCCUUCUACUGCUACAACACAACCAACACCAGUUUGUCCUGGCAACCAGAUCCGUGUAGAGUGUGGUAGUGGAUGCCCAUUACCCACAUGUGAAAUACCUAACCCACCAACUACAGUGUGCCCAGAGUUUUGUCGUACUUGUGUUUGUCCCACCAAUACAGUAUUGAAUGGAGAUUAUUGCAUACCAUAUAACCAGUGUCCUUCUACUGCUACAACACAACCAACACCAGUUUGUCCUGGCAACCAGAUCCGUGUAGAGUGUGGUAGUGGAUGCCCAUUACCCACAUGUGAAAUACCUAACCCACCAUCUACAGUGUGCCCACUAUUUUGUCGUACUUGUGUUUGUCCCACCAAUACAGUAUUGAAUGGAGAUUAUUGCAUACCAUAUAACCAGUGUCCUUCUACUGCUACAACACAACCAACACCAGUUUGUCCUGGCAACCAGAUCCGUGUAGAGUGUGGUAGUGGAUGCCCAUUACCCACAUGUGAAAUACCUAACCCACCAUCUACAGUGUGCCCACUAUUUUGUCGUACUUGUGUUUGUCCCACUAAUACAGUAUUGAAUGGAAAUUAUUGCAUACCAUAUAACCAGUGUCCUUCUACUGCUACAACACCCCAACCAACACCAGUCACAGAAUGUCCCAACAACCUGGUUUAUUCCAGUUGUGCUGGAUGUGAUAUAACAUGUGCAUCACGAAACAUACUGGUACCUUGUCUCCCAGUUUGUCAGCAAAAAUGCACAUGUCCACCGAACACAUACCUUCAUGGAAACUCGUGUUUAACCAGCCUUCAGUGUGAUGCUGCUUUGGCUUGUCCUGGGAACCAGAUUUACUCGAUGUGCACGGCUGGGUGUGAUAUAACUUGCCAGAACUUUAACAAUCCUCCAUCAUGCCUUGCAUGCCAGGCACGAUGUACAUGCCCAGCUGGAAUGGUCCUUAAUGGAAUCAACUGUGUUUUAACAUCGUCCUGCCCAACCCCCUCACCAGUUUGCCCCGGAGAGCAGGUGUGGAACGAAUGUGCAGGUUGUGACGUCACAUGUGCUGAAGUCCAAAGUGAGGAACCUUGUAUUGCUGGAUGUCGACGGGCUUGUGUUUGUCCGCAGGGAAAGUUUAAACAUGGAAUCCAAUGCUUAACUGGCGCCCAAUGUUUGCAGGCUUUAGCUUCACCAACCAACCCUUAGAACCACGGAGAUUCCAGCCAAUAAAACAUUGCGACACAUAUACCAGAAAUGAUGUUUCAUUGUCACACAAACCAGAAAGUCGUGUAUUUAACGAUUGUCGUUUUGCUGAUAAUUCCUUUUUAUCGUUGUAUUAAUUAAUGUGAUCUUCGUUAUUGUAUUAAAAGAGACAAAUAUAAUGUAUGUUACUAUAUAGCAUGAAACUCCCGCACAUCAAUAAAAUAUAUAAGUGAUGAUAAA